AUGACUGCCCAGCUGCGGCUGGUUGGCGGCUCGGGUCAGUGCUCCGGCAGAGUGGAGGUCUUCUAUAAAAGCCAGUGGGGCACCGUGUGUGAUGACGAAUGGGAAAUGGUCAACGCUGAUGUGGCCAAGAAUCUGCUCUAUCACACUGUGCGCAUCGUGGAUUUGGAGAAAACAACUGCGGGUGAUCUAAAGAAGCCCCAAAUCACUUUAAGUCCUUCUCCUCGGGUAAACUGGGGCGAGCAAGUGGAAAUCACCUGCACUGUCGCAACUGAACACUUAGGUGGGACAUUUGUGCUGAAAAAAACCCAAGGAUCGUUUCAAAUGGAGAAAUACUCUGAGUUUGAAGCUGCAACGUUUGUUUUCCUGAAGGCGGACUUCAGCCUUAACGGGACAUACUUCUGUGAAUAUCAUAAAAAACUUCCUAACCAACAAGCCAUCUAUUAUCCUCAGGGAAACACAGCUGAUCUCUCAGUCAUAGUAAAGUUAGAGAAGCCCAGCCUCUACCUAACAUCUGGUCACAUGCCAGUGGCUUUCAGCCCGCAAAAGUUAUCAAUCGCCAAAGGAAGCCCCUUCACCAUCACUUGCUCCAUUCAUUCCAGAUACCCCGAGGGUGUUUUCUAUUUGACAAGGUCAAACAAAAACAUUACUGCAGCAAAACCGACGUUGGGUUACUCCAUCUUCUACGUGACAUACUUUGAGUUCCCUGAAAUCGAUUUUAAAGACGAAGGAGAGUACGUCUGCGUCUACGGGGUGAACAUUUCCAAUGUACACUUUAGUUCCCUUCCCUCCAACUCACUCUACGUCUCUAUAACUGGUAAGGCCUGA